AUGCCUCCUCGUAGGAGGCCACAGCCCGCUGCGGCCAGUCAGGCGCGAUCUGCGCAGCCUUCUGAGUCUGCAGCUCCUUCCAGAAAAGGGUCUACUGACGCUUCUAGCAAGAGAAGACGUUCUAUUCAGUCGAAACCACCUACAAACCCAGCGCCGGCCGCGGAGAACGUUGAGCAGGAUGAUCGCGCGGAUGAGCCUUCAGGACCGACCUACCGUUAUAGAGAUCCCUUUGACGCCCUUCUCGAACCGUUCUACUAUAACAAAUCACUUACGGACCCAAUCAAUACUGCUAAGGACAAAUGGAACCUGUUGCCCGCUUUCCUGAAAGUGAAGGGAUUGGUGAAGCAGCACAUUGACUCAUACAACUACUUUAUCGAAGUGCAACUGAAGAAGAUCGUCGAGUCCAGCUCUACUAUCCGUAGCGAUAUCGAUCACACCUUUUAUAUCAAGUUUACAGAUAUCUACGUCGGCUCGCCGUGUCGUGCGGACGAGCCCCAGGAUGUCACCCCCGAUGCUACCCCAUCGGACGUUUCGCCGCACGAGUGCCGCCUCCGUGAUACAACCUAUGCGGCCCCUAUUCUGGUCAAUUUUGAAUACAUCCGUGGGCGUCAGAGGGUUACUCGGAAAGGCGUGUCGAUUGGGAGAAUGCCAAUCAUGCUUCGAAGCUCGAAGUGUGUGUUGGCGAACAAGACUCCCUCGGAGAUGACGGUGUUGAAUGAGUGUCCUCUGGACCCUGGUGGAUACUUCAUUGUCAACGGUACAGAGAAGGUUAUUCUUGUUCAGGAGCAGUUGAGCAAGAACAGAAUCAUCGUCGAAACCGACCCGAAGAAGGAAAUUGUUCAGGCAUCCGUCACUAGUUCGUCCAACGAGCGUAAGUCCAAGAGUUAUAUUAUCCUUAAGAAGGACAAGCUCUAUGUGAAGCACAACGUCCUCAGCGAAGACAUCCCCAUCGUCAUCCUUUUGAGAGCCAUGGGCAUACACACGGAGCAGGAGAUGUUGCUCCUGGUUGCUGGAGUCGACAGCCUCUACCAGGAUGACUUUGCCAUCAACUUUGAAGAAAGCAUCAAAUUGGGAAUCUACACUCAGCAACAAGCGUUGGACUGGAUCGGUGCACGCAUUAAGAUCAACCGGAAACAGUCGUCUUAUCGUCGAACUCACAUUCAAGAAGCCGUCGAGGCUAUCGCCUCUGUCAUAAUUUCACACAUUGAAGUCAAGAAUAUGAACUUCCGGCCGAAGGCGGUUUACGUCGCUCACAUGGCGCGUCGAGUCCUGAUGGCCAAGAAUGACCCCUCUCUGGUUGAUGAUCGUGACUACCUCGGAAACAAACGUCUGGAAUUGGCUGGGCAGCUUCUUGCUCUCCUUUUUGAAGAUUUGUUCAAGAAAUUCUGCUUCGACAUCAAGAUGAACAUUGAUAAAGUGCUAAAUAAGCGCAACCGUGCUGAACAAUUCGAUGCUUGGACUGUCAUGAGUAUGCACAGCAACCAUAUCACCCAGGGCAUGAACCGUGCCAUCUCGACGGGUAACUGGAGUUUGAAACGUUUUCGCAUGGAGCGUGCUGGUGUUACCCACGUUCUUAGUCGGCUUAGCUACAUCGCCGCAUUGGGUAUGAUGACCCGUAUCAGCAGUCAGUUCGAAAAGACAAGAAAAGUCAGUGGCCCCAGAGCUCUGCAGCCGUCUCAAUUUGGUAUGCUUUGUCCGGCAGAUACCCCUGAAGGUGAAGCCUGUGGUUUGGUAAAGAACCUGGCGCUCAUGACCCAUAUCACGACGAAUGAUGAGGAAGGUCCAAUCAAGAACCUGGUUUUUAUGCUCGGAGCUGAAGACAUUAUGGCCCUGGGUGGUAAACAGCUAUACACACCCGGCAGUUAUACAAUUUCCAUCAACGGAACGCCGAUAGCACUCACUCGUCGCCCUAAAUAUUUCCUCAACGCUUUCCGCAGAUUACGGCGCAUGGGUCGUAUCUCGGAGUUUGUCAGCAUUUACAUCAACCAUCACCAGUGUGCAGUGCAUAUCGCCACUGACGAUGGGCGGAUUUGCAGACCUCUCAUCGUUGUCGAGAAUGGCAAGUCCCUCGUCACAGCCCGCCACUUGGAGAGACUGCGUGAUGGCACGAUGCAAUUCGAUGAUUUCUUGGCUCAGGGGUUAGUCGAAUACCUCGAUGUCAACGAGGAGAACGACUCCUUGAUCGCUCUUUAUGAGAAGGACAUCACAGAUACAACGACGCAUCUGGAGAUCGAACCGUUUACGGUGCUUGGAGCCGUCGCUGGCUUGAUCCCGUACCCGCAUCACAACCAAUCCCCGCGUAACACAUAUCAGUGUGCGAUGGGUAAACAAGCUAUUGGAGCCAUCGCAUCAAAUCAGUUCCUUCGUAUCGAUUCUAUCCUCUACCUCAUGGUGUACCCACAGAAACCCAUGGUCAAAUCACGCACAAUUGAACUGGUCAAGUAUGAUCAACUUCCCGCCGGUCAGAAUGCUAUGGUGGCGGUCAUGAGUUAUUCCGGUUACGAUAUUGAAGAUGCCCUGGUUUUGAACAAGGGUUCUGUCGAUCGUGGUUUCGGUCGUUGCCAAGUGUUCCGGAAGUACGUGACCAAUCUGAAGAGUUAUUCGAACGGUACAAAGGACAGACUCAAUCCCCCAACAUACGAGAAUGGUGCACCCAUCAGAAAGCAUGCACUACUUGAAGCAGAUGGUCUGGCUGCUGUCGGUGAACAGGUAAAUGCUGGCGAGGUCUAUAUCAACAAGAGCACACCCGAGCAAUCCAACCUAUCGGGAAUCGGCUCCGAUGCUAGCCGUCCAGUUCAGUAUACACCGACGCCCAUGACUUACAAGCUUCACGACCCUGCAUACAUUGACAAGGUCAUGUAUUCCGUACAGGAGAACGAGAACCAACUCGUCAAGGUUCUUGUUCGCCAAACCCGUCGACCGGAAGUAGGUGACAAAUUCUCCUCUCGUCACGGUCAGAAAGGUGUCGUUGGUAUCAUAGCCGACCAGGCAGAUAUGCCGUUCACAGAUGCCGGUAUCAACCCCGACAUUAUCAUGAACCCGCACGGUUUCCCCUCCCGUAUGACCGUCGGGAAAAUGCUGGAACUUGUUGCUGGAAAAGCUGGUGUGCUUGCCGGUCACCACGGUUACGGAACCUGCUUCGGCGGCACACCUGUGGAGGAGGCCUCGCGGAUUCUGAUCGACCACGGCUUCAGUUACGGUGGCAAAGACUAUCUCACGUCCGGUAUCACCGGCGAAGCCCUUCCAUUCUACGUCUUCACCGGCCCCAUCUACUAUCAGAAGCUCAAGCACAUGGUGCAAGACAAGAUGCACUCGCGUGCGCGCGGACCUCGCGCAAUUCUGACCCGUCAGCCCACAGAAGGUCGUUCUCGAGACGGUGGUCUGCGCCUGGGAGAGAUGGAGCGUGAUUGUCUUAUCGCCUACGGAACUAGCCAACUGCUUCUCGAGCGUCUCAUGAUCUCCUCCGAUCGCCACGAGAUUGACGUCUGCGAGCAGUGCGGCUUCAUGGGCUAUCUGAACUGGUGUCAGCGGUGCAAGUCCUCUCGGAGCGUCGUGAAAAUGACAAUCCCCUACGCAGCCAAGCUUCUCAUUCAGGAAUUGAUGAGUAUGAACGUGACUGCUCGCCUGAAGCUCGAUGAUGAGUUCCCCGAGUGGAAGGGAACUUAG